CGAAGAGGCAAGUGCCGGCUGCAGCCGCGGUGAAAGACUUCGUGCCGCGUCCGUUUACUUAGACUGUGGAAUGCCCCCUCUGCUGCUCUCACUCUAUGCACGGCGUACCUGGACACCGAGCCUACUGGGGCGAUACUUUCCGACAACUACAUCGCGAUUGCACAGCUAUACGCAUCGACAAAACCACAACGGGGUGGUGACUCUUUCCUAUGACAUAUUUGAAGGAACAGCACCUGAGCCUCCUCUGGUCUUAUUGCAUGGUCUGUUUGGCAGCAAGUUAAACUUUCAGUCUAUUGCUCGGGCCUUGGUACGCAAGACAAGGAGAAAGGUGGUGACACUAGAUGCCCGUAAUCACGGCAGCAGUCCACAUACGGAUAACAUCACCUACUUUGUGAUGAGCGCUGAUGUGCGGCAAAUUCUACAGCAGCUUUGCAUUCCCCGUUGUGUUCUUAUUGGACACAGUAUGGGUGGAAAAACCGCAAUGACCGUGGCACUGCAGGAGCCUCAGCUGGUUGACCGCUUGGUAUCUGUGGACAUCAGCCCCUCUCCUACUACUCCACAGUCCGGUUUCCCGGAAUAUAUUAAAGCCAUGCAGAAUGUGCGUCUGGAAGGGAAGAUGCCUCGCUCUACUGCACGGAGGUUAGCAGAGGAGCAGCUUAGUCUUACCGUGAAGGAACAAGCAGUUCGCCAGUUCUUGCUCACUAACUUGGUUCAAGAGAAUGAGCAGUUCAGAUGGAGAGUGAACCUGGAAGCCAUCUCUCGUCACCUACAGGACCUUCUCGACUUCCCAGACUUCCAUGAUCCAUAUCCUGGACCUGCACUGUUCUUGGGAGGAGCAAAUUCUCCAUACAUCAGCUCAGAGAAUUUUCCUGAAAUAGAACGACUAUUUCCUUAUUCAACUGUUGAAUAUAUUCAAGGUGCUGGACACUGGGUACAUGCCGAGCAGACACAGGAGUUCCUCAAUGCCAUUUGUAACUUUCUGCAGAUGCCUUAAUUCAACCAUGGCAAACGGUUGUCUUGGAACAAAUUGUGAUCUGUAGGAUCACCU